CUUCCUCCUGACUCCUUGGACGCAACCGUUUACUUCCCAUACUUUUGUCGAGUAGCUUUUGUUCUAGACUUCUACUGUUAGGAAUACCGCCCAUAUGUAAGGAUAUCUCCUACAGUGUUUUGCCUGCCCAAUCUCAAAUUAAGACCGCCAACUGUUGCAGUUGUAGCGAGGUGCCCCGCAAUUCCCCACGCCCGGUGCUCAACCAACGAUACUGCCAAUUCCUCCCUCACAUCUCGACGUCACUGAAAUGCGGCAAUAUCAAUGAGCCCCCAAAUCAUUCACCUGCCCGACGGGCAGACCAUCACCGUCACACCCGUCUUUGCGGGUUUGUUCUUCAAAUCCAACGAGCUCACGACGCACCACAGCCCGUUCCCAAUUGGUUGGACCAUUGUCAUUCACACUGAAGGCGACAGCAGCGAUGAAAAGGACCACCAUGAUGGGACAGACCCAGAGAAGGGUCAAGACGGCUCCGAAAGGGGCACCACACAGGGCAACGGAACCCACGCGGUUCACGCCUUCACAAAACCAACCCUGCAGAACGACAGCCUCUUCAUCUCGUCCAUAUCCCUCCCUUCAAACCACGACUUCAACCCUACAGCCAGCCCGACGCGCCAAAUCGCCAUGAUGCUUUGGGUGACCCUGUACUGGUACUUCCACCAGGAACCACCGUCAGCCACAUUGACGACCGAAGCCUCCAAGCUGACUCCUAAAGCCGGCCGGCCACGCGGCGACUGGCGCAUUCGCAUCAAGCGGGACGGGGUCCUGCGCGGGCACAACCUGCUAGCCAAGCUCGAGCGCAUGGGCUUGAUUGCGAGCUCCAAUUCCGCUGUGGGCACGGCUUUGGAGGAUACAGACGACACUUGGGCGAGUAUGUUUGUCUCAAGGAGAAUGUUCUGGCAGAUUCCUGGUCGGCUGUUCCUGUUCACCCCGCGCGCCCAGCCGGCUGGUACCACAAAGCCGCGCUCGUUACCCGGCUCGCCAACCCCUAGCCGGCCGGAGUCCCGGGCGGGAGGACCGGGAGGGGACAAUGCUAUGUCUCAUCACCCCCUUCGUACUGCCGAUGCGGACGAGGGUCAGACUGUCUCGUUCAUGGACACCCCCUCCCAUCCAGUUCCAACCGGGCCCUUCUUCAGCGCGUCCCACCUCCCAACAUACUACCCCCCCGCACCGCUGCAGUACACAAUCACCAACCACGUGCGCCAUCCCCUCCGGCCCAAACCCCCGCGCAUGGGCGAGGUGUUUUACAGCCGCUUCUUGCCCUCCGUAGGCCAGUACCUCUCCUUCCGUGUUGCGUCCCUCUCGCCUAAGCCAGUGCCCUACCUGGGACCUGUCGGGCCUAAUCCACCAUCACAAACCCACACCCAGCUGUGUUCCCUCACCGACGCGGCGCUGCUUGAGAAGUGGUACGCUAACCCAAGGGUCUCUGCGUUCUGGGGCGAGUACGCUCCGGGGUUGUUGGGUAAUGCGUUGAAGAGUCGGCACAGUUUCCCGGUUAUUGGGAUGUGGGAUGGCGUGCCGUUUGGGUAUUUCGAGCUGUACUGGGUUAAGGAGGACGUGUUGGGACGGUAUGCGGGUGUGGGGACUAUUGAUGAUUGGGAUCGGGGGUUACAUGUGCUCAUUGGGGAGGAGUGGGCGCGGGGGAGGGUACAGGCGUGGCUUACGAGUCUGGUGCAUUGGGUGUUUUGUGCGGAUUAUCGCACGAUGAGUGUUUGUUUGGAGCCGAGGGUUGAUAAUGCAAGGUUUAUCCAACUUCUUCAGGAGGCUGGUUUUACAAAGGAAAAGGAGAUUGCAUUUCCCCACAAGCAGGCCUGGUUUGGGAGAUUGAGGAGGGAGAGCUGGGAAGGCCCUGCCUUGUGAACGUGAAAGCUCACGCCCAAGUUUAUACGGUCUUCUUCAGUUUCGGGUCAUAGUCUGCAUGAGAGAAGGAGGUGGCGUUGUACAAGUACCUGUAAAUGCGUGAUCGGAUCUCCAUUAGCAUUGAAGGGGUAUAGAUUUAUGUAUUCAUCCAUACCAUAAACGCCCACGGAUUUUGAGUCCCAG